AUGGCAAUGAAGACACUCUCAGCCAAGAAUGCCGCCGCUCUUGACAAAGACCUCAUGAGCAUCGGAGCUUUCUCUAUUGACCAGCUCAUGGAACUUGCAGGCCUAUCAGUUUCACAAGCCGGUUCGCAUUUCAUCCAUCCUCUGGCUUGCUUUCAUCCCAAGCUUCACUUACUAAGGCCGCCUUAUUUUAUCUCAGUUUUCCGUAUCCAUCCUCCAAGCAGAGGCAGACGCAUCUUAGUCGCCUGUGGACCCGGCAAUAACGGUGGCGAUGGACUCGUCGCAGCGAGACACCUCUGGCAUUACGGAUACAAACCCACGAUAUACUAUCCAAAGCAGAGCAAGAACGAUCUCUAUCAACGCCUAACAAUGCAACUGAAAAACCUCUCCGUCCCUUUCACCGAAGACUUCCCAAAAGCUAUCAAAGAGGCAGAUCACAUCAUCGAUGCUAUCUUCGGAUUCUCCUUCUCUGGCGAAGUCCGUGAGCCCUUCCCAGCCGUCAUCACAUCACUGCAAGAAACCCACCUCCCCGUGACAUCCGUCGACGCUCCCUCGUCCUGGAAUAUCGAGGAUGGCCCACCUCCUUCUGGUCCCGGUGCAAGUUUUAUGCCCGGGGCUCUAGUGAGUCUGACGGCGCCGAAGCCUUUGGUAAAGUUUUUCAAGGGGAGGCAUUUUGUUGGUGGACGGUUUGUGAGUCCAGAUAUUGCACAGAAGUAUGAUUUGGAUUUGCCGGAGUACGAGGGUAUUGACCAGGUUGUUGAGGUUGGAAGUGAUGAGCAGAAAUUGUGA